AUGUACUUGAAAACCGCUAUUGCAUGCCUGACCGGUCUAAGUACCGUGGUCAAUGCUGAUGUUAAUGGAAAAUUCAAGACUGGGAGAUGCCCAGUUGGUUAUGCCCAGAUUACGUACCUUGUUACUGUGACAGAAAGCUCAACCUCGACUGUCAGUCCCUUUACGGCUGGACUGUCUACAGCCAUCAGUCAGUCGACUAUUUCUACUUGGGAUGGUUCCUCGACAAUCUCUUCGUCUCCGUCCAUUUCUGAGGCAACGAAGACGGACUCUACUGGGGAGACCUCGGCCACUUCGCCAUCUACCCCUGCAGAGAAGUCACUGAGUACGCCCACUACUAUUUCCGAUGCCAUUGUCAAUCCAACGGUCUCUAUGGUUGAAGCGACUCCAACAUCAGCGUCGUCUAUUGAAAGUUCACAGACUUCUGUGGUUGACGUGUCUCAAAAAUCGGCAUCGUCUUCGCAAAGUUCAGAAACGCCUCUAGUCGGUGGCAUCGUCAGCGGACAGGCUACUUCCUAUGAUGGUGGCGACGUGGAUGGAACAUGUAUGUUUUCGACCGCCGACUACACCUUGCCAGCUGGGAUAUAUGGUGCGGCUCUUUCCGUGGACAAUUGGGACAGUGCAGCUUGGUGCGGUGCAUGCCUCUCUGUUGUUGGACCAAGGGGUAACUCCAUCAAAAUCAUGAUUGUCAACCAAUGCCCCGGAACUUGUGGUUUGAACAAUAUUGAUUUGCUCCCCAACGGCUUCCAACAAUUGGCAGAUCUCAAAGUCGGCCGAAUUGACGUGAAGUGGGACAUCGUGAAGUGCGACAUCAGCAGUCCGCUAUUCCUGAAAACAAAGACUGGGUCCUCGAAAUACUGGUUUAGUAUUCAAGUCGUCAACUCAAAUGUCCCCGUUAAAUCGCUAGAGGUUAGUACAGAUGGUGGACAGACGUGGCAGUCUACGAUCCGUAAAGACUACAACUUCUUCGAAAAUCCUAACGGCUUCGGGACGGAUUUUGUUGAUGUCCGCAUAACCAGUGUAAUGGGUGAGACGAUUAUGGUGAACAAUGUCAGCAGCGUGUCAGAGACCCGAACAGAUGCUACCUCGAACUUUAAUUGA